GUUCUGAUCAGGCAAUGCCGAGACAACUUAUAGUAGAUCCCAAUCGGAUCUGCAUUAAAGUGAAGCGACUCCGCGGCAAACAACCCAUCCUUUGCAAGAAUGAGCCCGAAAUCAUCAAAAAGAUUAUAUCAGGCGCUAAGUUAGGCAUUAAUGAGUGUCAAAAUCAAUUCAUCGACAGAAAGUGGAACUGUACCACAACCAGACCCCACAUCAGAAAAAUACUACUUAGAGAUUCUCGCGAAACAGCGUUCGUUCACACCAUCACUUCGGCUGCAAUUCUUUAUGAGAUAUCCAAAGGUGUAAUACUGCCGGUGUGUUCAAAGCGUGACUUUUAUUGGAAGGGUUGCAGCGAUAAUGUUAACUUUGGUUACAAAAAAACCAAAGAAUUUAUGGACGAAGGCUUUAGAAGAAGAAGUGAUAUCAAGAAAUUGAUUCUUUUACACAACUAUGAGGCCGGAAGACUGGCUGUUAAAAAUAAUAUGAAAAAUGAAUGUAAAUGUCAUGGUAUGAGCGGCUCCUGUAGUUUUAAAACUUGUUGGCGAAAAUUACCGCCUUUUAGUGAAAUUGGAAACCGACUUAAAGAAAAAUUCGACGGUGCGAUCAAAGUGAUGGCUGGCAAUGAUGGCAACGGUUACAUAACUGAAAGUAUGACUAUUAAGCCACCAGAAAAUGAUGACAUCAUUUACUCAGAAGAAACACCGGAUUUUUGCGAACCGAGUGCUGAAACGGGAUCUCUUGGAACAAAAGGUCGUAUCUGUAAUAAAGGAAUGGAUGGAACAGAUGGAUGUGAUCUACUAUGUUGUGGUCGCGGCUAUAAUAGGACCAUAAAACAAGAGGAAAUAAACUGUCGGUGCAAAUUCAAAUGGUGCUGUUCUGUCACAUGUGAUAAAUGCAAAGUCAAACGCAAAAUAUAUACCUGUCUAUGAAAUAGACCAUCAAUUUGUAUAUUGAUAUGUAUAUAAUAUUCAUUAAUU